CCAGUCCAUAAUGGUGAGAAAAAUGGAAAAAGGAGCUUAUGACCAACAGCAAGAUGGACAGGCUCAUGUUACUGGAGUGAUGGGGGAAGGACUAAAGGACCAGAUCAGAGAUAAAUUGGGAGAAAGACUUAGGAUAACUUUAAACCUUACUGAAUGCAUUCAAGAACGCAUGACUAGAGGGGCAUCAAUAGAAUACAUAUCUCCUUAUGAGAAUAGUAAAACCCAAUUUGUUUACAAAAGCCACGUCCAAAAUGCAAGACUUAAUUACUGAGGAGGCUGUAAUUCGAAAAAAAUUUGACUGCCGAAAUGGUUAGAUAAACCUUCAAAAGUCAGGACUUAAUUCCUUUUAAUUAGCAAUGCUUCCCCAGUGCGCAUGCGGAGCGUGGACUUCUUUCCCCCGCUUCCUUCCCGUUAUGUCUCUACUCCAGGCUCUUCCCGCAUGCGCACUAAUGUCUUCCCAGCUAUACGAUUGCAAGGGAGAAAAAAAAAAACCACGUCGUUUUCCUGAGGCUUUUUUUUUGUCCCUUGCCAGCGCUCGUCCGCCGACGCAUGCGCCCUUUUUUGUUUUCUUCCUCAGGCACCUCCCCUUGCUCAGGCUCCUCCCCCAAGCCUCCAUCCGUUUCCUGUCAGGAGCGGAUGGCCGAGGCUGGGCCCGGCUCGGAGCGGGCCGUCUUCGCUGAGCAUCGGCGGACGCUUCGUUCGCGCGCUCCGGCUUCCUGAGAGCCGACGCGAGAAGGCGUAACAAAAGAAAAGAAAGAAAAAGAAUUCGAGACCGCUGUCAGCGCGAUAAUGCACCAUGGGACCGGUUCACAGAAUGCACAGCGCCAGCUCCAGAGGUCUCGAUCCUUCACCGGCAGUGAGAGUGAAGACCAGCAGGCCAAUUUACCACAGUCCCCGGCUCCUUCUUUUGCUCCUUCGGCCAGCCCUUCUGCCCCUCAGUCUCCUGGCUACCAAAUCCAGCAGUUUAUCAUGAGCCGAAGCCCGGUGGCAGGGCAGAACGUCAACAUCACCUUGCAGAACGUGGGACCUGUUUCUACCGCCAAUCAGCAGAUCACCCUGACCCCGUUGCCCAUCCCGAGCCCAACUUCCCCCAGUUUUCAGUUCAGUCCUCAACAAAGACGGUUCGAUCAUGGCUCGCCCUCCUACAUCCAGGUCACUUCUCCGUUGCCCCCUCAGGUUCAGUCGCAGAGCCCCACCCAGCCCAGCCCGGUGUCCGUUCAGACCAUUUCAAGCGUCCGAGCGGGCACCCCGGGUCCCGGCUUGGGCAUGUGCAGCCAGAGCCCAACGCGAGGCUUUGUGGACGCCAGUGUGUUGGUGAGGCAGAUCAGCCUGAGCCCUUCCAACGGCGGGCACUUCGUGUACCAGGAAGGGUCGGGCCUCACCCAGAUCGCUCAAAGCGCCACGGCUCAGGUCCAGCUUUCAUCCUCCGGCACCUCGUCGACCGUCCGAGAGCGCCGACUGUCCCAGCCCCAUUCUCAAACAGGAGGGACCAUCCACCAUCUUGGACCUCAGAGCCCCGUGGCUAGCGGAGGAAAUAUCCAAGGUUUGCCUAACUCUGGUCACAUUACCACCAGCAACCUGCCGCCACAGAUCAGCAACAUUAUCCAAGGGAUGCAGCAACAGCAGCAACAGCAGCAGGGGCAGCCUCCCAACAGACCUUUGGGCUUCGACAGGAGUUCUGCCGGAUUAAUUGCUGGGGUGGGAGGCCCCGCUUUCGGCAUCACCUCUCCACCGCCCCCCACAAGCCCUUCCCGGGCCAGCAUCCCUCAAGGGCUCACCGGCCACUCGCUGGCCCCCUCGGUCUGCACCGUGGUGAAAAAAACCAAAAAAGUCGAGGAAAUCCCGCCGGCCACUCCGGAAGCGGCUCAGAUGAGGAAGCAGUGCCUGGAGCACCACUUCAAGCAGAUGGAGGCUCUGAAAGACGCUUUCAAAGAGUACUUGGUCGAGUUGUUUUUCCUGCAACACCUGCAAGGGAACAUGAUGGACUUCUUGGCCUUUAAGAAGAAGCAUUGCCUGCCGCUGCAGGCCUACCUUCGGCAGAACGACUUGGAUCUGGAGGAGGAGGAGGAGGAAGAGCAGUCGGAGGUCAUCAACGACGAGGUAAAGGUUGUGACAGGAAAGGAUGGGCAGACUGGUACUCCUGUUGCUAUAGCAACCCAGCUUCCUCCAAAUGUUUCUGCUGCUUUUUCAACUCAGCAGCAACCGUUUCAGCAGGCCCAUGCAGGGGCUCCAGUAACGGGAACUGUCAAUGCCAUAGAAAUCGAAGCGUUUAAGAGACAGCAAGCUCUUACAUCAGCAGAUUCGUCUAAGAGACCCCGAAUUGAAGUGGGCCGUCAUGGGAUGGUUUUUCAGCAUCCAGGCGUGGCUUCAGGAGUCCCUCUUCAACAGCUCAUGCCAACUGCACAAGGGGGAAUGCCUCCCACCCCUCAAACCGUGAAGCUGAUGGGUCAGAAGCAGAGCCAGCAACAGUACGACCCUUCCAAAGGGCCCCCGGUGCAGAAUGCAGCCAGCCUUCACACCCCACCGCCUCAGCUGCCCGGUAGAAUGCAGCCCACCAACGUGUCAAUCAGCUCCCACCCUCCAACGCUGCAGCUGGCACCCCAGGCGGCUCAGAUGAAUGACCCUCCCAUGCAACAGGCGGCGAUUCACGUCAAAGCUCAGUCCCAAAACGUGAUGGUCACUGCGGCUGCUGUGUCCCAUGGCCAGGUUCAAGCACCGUCUCAGCCACAAGGGCAGCCGGCAACGCACGGACCGGGUCAGAUGACACCCCCCUCCCAGGUGGCGGCCUCUCAAACUCCAGCCCCACAGCAGAUCACAACUCUCUCUCGUCCCUCAUCCGACUCUAACCAAAACUCCCAGCGCAUUUCGUCAAGUGUGGUUCCUCCUACCUCAAGCAACCCACCAACUUCUGCUUCCAACCCUGCCCCACAAACAACACACUCAACCCAAGCCAGCAGGUCCUCGCCAGGAGCAAUUAAGUCAACAUCUCCCGUGGCCUCCAAACCCCCAGGGUUGGCCGUGGCAGCAACCCCCAAAACUCAGAACACAACACAAAAUACCGCAACAGGUCAGGAUAGCACACACGAGAAGUUGGCUGAACAAGUGAAGUUGGUGAGAGUUUUUCUGUCUCUUCUGAUGCCAAAGGAACAUGAACUAAUGGAACGCAGUGGCUCUGUGGCUAAGCACUCGGAAGAUGAAGAGGAGACAAUAGAAGAGCAGGAAAAGAAGGAAGGGAAUGUCAACCAUCAGAUGGAGCUGUCCACGCUGGCGAAGGAAGCUGAGCUGCCUUUGGAUGAUCUGAUGAAGAUGUACGAAGGAGCCUUCGCUGAGAACUUUCACUGGCCGCAGCCGAAGCCAGAAGAGGAGACAAGCGAAGAAGAAAUGGAAGAUCACCCGGCCGAAAGGGAACUCUUUCAAAAGGAGGUCAUCUCGAUUGAAUCUCUGCUCAGCAUCGAGCAGUACAAGGGGGCCGAGAGAAUGAUGGCCAGCAAGAACCGCGGGCGAGAUAUAGCCGAAGUGGCCGCCACAGCGGAAGCCCUGUUGCCAAAAGGCAGCGCCCGGAUCACCACUGCGGGGAUUGGGGUCCUCACCUUGUUGUCGUCCGAAGUUGUAACAUUCUGAAGUGGGAACUAGAGCUCAAACGUUGGUGCCCUGGCCUAAAGGUCCUGCUGUACAUCGGUACCCAGCGAGAACUAAGAAUGAAAAGACAGUCAGUACCGCUUACUUCUGAUCGAUACCCCUCUGCACAACACCUUGAUGGAACUGUGGACCAUGGUACACUUCCUGAUUCCAGGAAUCUCCAAAGCUUACCUGGAUUUCCCAGUGAAAGCAGCCAACGAGGAGAAUCAAGACUACUGCCAUAAGCUCGUCAUCAGGCUGCACAGGAUGAUCCAGCCAUUCAUCCUGCGCAGAUCCAAAAGGGACGUGGAGAAGCAGCUGACAAAGAAGUACGAACACGUCCUCAAGUGCCGGCUUUCCAACCGGCAGAAAAUGAUGUACGAAGACGUCAUCCUCCAGCCCGAGACCCAAGAUGCUGUAAAAAGUGGGCACUUCGUCAGUGUUCUUCAUGUCUUGAUGCAGCUGCAGAAGAUCUGCAACCGUUGCAGACCUGAGUCUCUUUGACCUGAUUGGACUCGAGAAGAAAAUGACGCGGUAUGAAUCCCAGGUGGUGCCCAAACAAAAAAUAACCCGGAAGCUCAUCGAAGAGAUCUACACCUCUCCCCUGCCGCCUCCCAGGCCGCCUCCCGUCAAGCUGAAGCCCAACAGCCACCGUUGCCGUCUCCUCGGCUGCCACUGCCGCGCCACCACAAUUGCAGUCUUCCUCCAGUGUUCCUCCACCUCCUCCUCUUCCUCUUCCUCCUCCAAGACAUCCGCCAGCAAUGACCUUCGCCAACGCAACUAGCCCGGCCCAUCCAGUGAAACUGCGGGGCCAGGCUACCACCCAGGGCCUCCAGCUAGGGCAGGCCCAGCCACAGGCUCCCCCACCCACCAUCCAACAGAGUGUCCAGCCUCAGAGGCUCCUGUUAACCAGUCAGGCACAGGCUCGGUUACCCAGUGGUGAAGUGGUCAAAAUAGCCCAGCUGGCUUCCAUUGCAGGGGCACAGGGCCGGAUCACACAGCCGGAGACACCGGUGACGCUGCAGUUCCAGGGAAACAAAUUCACUCUGUCUCACAGCCAACUCCGCCAGUUGACCGCAGGACAGCCUCUACAACUGCAAGGCAGUGUCCUGCAAAUAGUUUCGGCUCCGGGUCCCCAAUAUCUCCGACCUCAGGGCCCCGUGGUGGUGCAGACGGUGCCCCAGCCAGGAACUGUCCAAAAUGCUCUCAACGCACUUGGGAACCAGCACACAGUGGGGUUGCAGACUUCAUCAGGAACUCAGCCAGGAAGAACCAUGGGCGCUAAUAUGGCAUCGGGAGACUCUGCUUCCUCCCUGAAGUCUGGCAUUCAUGGCGGUCAUUCACAGGAGUCGUUUGAGGAGAAAAACAGGCUUCUGAAGGAACGCUUGGACCGGAUCUUCUCUUGCAACGAACGGCGUUGCUCCAGAGCUCCCGUCUACGGCAAGGAUGUCCGUAGGAUUUGCUCCCUGGUGGGCAACUCCAACACAACAACACCUCAGUUCUCCGCCAGAACCAGAAAAUGGAGCUGGGCUGGUUUCGUCAACUGCGGUCUCUCCAAAGAUCAUCAAGACCCUCUAGGAGGGUUGACCUGCCAGCUGGAACAGCAGCAGCAGUCCUUGAGGGACACCAUCGACAGGGCACUCUGUGCGUUGCCCGCUGCUGUGGCCGCUCCUCCGUCUUUGCACGUGGCGAGGCUUCCCCCUGCUUACAGCCACCGGAUGAAACUCCUCCGGCACAACCUGAAGGAGAAGGCGUUGCCGUACCUGAAGCAGCUGCAUCAGCUGACCAUGCCCCGGCUGCUGCUUCCCUUCCCUGACCUCCGUCUGAUCCAGUACGAUGCAGGGAAGCUGGAAGCCCUGGCGGUCUUGCUCCAGAAGCUGAAGUCAGAAGGGCGAAGGGUGCUGAUCUUGUCGCAGAUGAUGCUCAUGUUGGACAUCUUGGAACGGUUCCUCAACUUCCAUUUCCUCACCUACGUGAGAAUCGAUGAGUGUGCAAACCAGGAAGAGCGCCAGGAGCUGAUGAAAACCUUCAAUCGAGACAAACGGCUCUUCUGCGCCAUCCUCUCCUCCCACAGCCGCUCCACGGGCGUCAACCUGGUGGAAGCCGACACCGUCGUGUUCUAUGACAACGACUUAAACCCGGUGAUGGAAGCCAAAGCUCAGGAGUGGUGUGAUCGGAUUGGCCGGUGCAAGGAUAUCCACAUUUACAGGCUGGUCAGUGGGAACUCGGUCGAAGAGAAGCUCUUAAAAAACGGGACAAAGGAUCUGAUCCGAGAAGUAGCCGCUCAGGGAAACGACUACUCCAUGGCCUUUUUAACGCAGCAAACAAUUCAGGAACUUUUUGAAGUUCACUCACCAAUGGAGGAUUCGGGCUUCCGGGUGAAAGCCGAAGAAUUCGUCAUGCUGUCACAAGAGCCGUCUCCAUCCGAAACCAUCUCCCCCAAAGUGGCCAGGCCUUUCAUAGAGGCUCUGAAAAGUACCGAACGAGAGGAAGAGGAGAAGGAGGAGGAAGAGGAGAUGGAAGAGGACGAGGAGAACGAGGAGUGGAAUUCGCGUGUCCGGGAUGGAGAGAGCGAGUCGGCGUUGAGACCUCUGGUUUCAGAACUCGGGAAGGCACAAUAUCUUGAGCAACCUUCUCUGCUGCAGGAACUGGUGGCCGUGGUCGAUCAGCUCACCCCCAUUGAAAAGUAUGCCUUGAAUUAUUUGGAAUUCUUUCAUGUUUCCGCUGAGGAGAAUGAAUCUAAAGAAAAUGAGGUGGAAACAAGGACGGCAAAACGGAAAUGGGAGUCUCAGCACCUGAAAGAGCUGAGAGAGGAAGAGGAGAAAACGCUCCUGCAAGGGAAAGAGGAAGAGCUUUUCACUUACACUCGAGAAGAUGCCUAUAACAAAGAGUAUUUUUACGAAGGACCAGAUGGACAAACUGAAAUAAUGCCACUCCUAGCCGUAGGAAGGAAGAAGAAGCAGCGUCAUGGAGAAAUUGUCAUCCCUCCUCGCUCCCUCUUUGAUCGUGCCACUCCGGGGAUGCUGAAAGUACGACGGGAAGGCAAGGAGCAAAAGAAGAACAUCCUGCUGAAACAGCAGACCCCGUUCGCCAAGCCCUUGCCCACCCUCGCAAAGCCGGCGGCGGAGGCCGGCCAGGACAACCCCGAGUGGCUGAUCAGCGAAGACUGGGCUCUCCUCCAGGCCGUCAAGCAGCUGCUGGAACUCCCACUCAACCUGGCCAUCAUGUCCCCUGCGCACACCCCCAACUGGGACCUAGUGAGCGACGUGGUGAACUCCUGCAGCCGGGUUUACCGCUCCCCCAAGCAGUGCCGCAACCGCUACGAGAACGUCGUCAUUCCCCGCGAAGAAGGGAAGACAAAAAACAGUCGCCCACUUCGGACCAACCAGCUGUACGCCCAGGACGAAGGUGCGUCGCACACCCAUCUCUACACAAACCAUUUCGAGAUCAUGAAACUGAUUGCUGGGAAAAGGAGCCCACCCAUCAAACCCCUGCUUGGCAUGAAUCCUUUCCAGAAAAACCCGAAACACACUUCAGUCCUUGCAGAAAGUGGGAUCAACUAUGAUAAGCCACUGCCUCCAAUUCAGGUUGCAUCUCUCCGAGCAGAGCGCAUUGCAAAGGAAAAGAAGGCUCUGGCAGAACAGCAGCGAGCUCAACAACAAGCCACUCCACAACAACAGCAGCAGCAGCAACAGCAGCAGCAGCAACAGCAGGCCGGACAGCAAACCGCUCAGCCAUUGGCGGGGCAGCAAGCACAAUCUCAGCCCCAGGCACAAGGCCAGAGCAUCCAGCAGCCUCAAGGUGGGCUGCAGACGGCCGCCACCACGGUGGCAAGCACAGCUGUGUUGGCUGGCACCAUGAAACCCACAGUGACCGGGACCAACAUACAGACAGCCACUGUGAGCGUCAACACCAUAACCGGAGUCCCCGCAACUACGUUUCAACCCAUCAACAAGCGGUUGGCUUCACCCAUUAUUCCUGGGACGCUGGCGACGUCGGGCUCAGGAACGACCACUGCUCAGGUGGUCCAUUCCCAGCAGAGAGCCACCGGCACGUCAGCUGCCUCUACGGAACUGGUCACCCUCACGUCUACGCCCGGAGUCCGAGCAGUCACUUCAGUGACUGCCUCCGCUGUGGUGACCACUAACCUGACUCCAGUCCAGACCCAGCCAAGGUCUUUGGUCACUCAGGUGACCCCAGCUGCUGCAGCCAGCGUCCAGCUCUCUGGGAAGACCAUCCCUCAAAAUCACUUCCAGCUCCUACGCCAGCAGCAGCAACAGCAAGCAACAGGACAGGUGCAAGUUCCCCAGAUCCAAACCCCAGGCCAGACCCCAUCACAACCCCAGAUUAAGACUGUCGGCAAGAUCUCCCAGGUGAGGAAGAAGAGGGUCUCUGCGUCUGUGACGCGCGUCGCUGCUUCUCAGCUCCAAGCCCAGAGCCAGAUCCCGGGUCAGACGCCUCAAGCAGCCCAAGUGGCUUUGGCCAAGCCGCCUGUGAUGUCCGUCCCGGUGGUGUCGUCGGCAGGGGUGACCGCCCUCCCCGUGACCGUCUCCGGAAUCAGCGUGGCGAUUGGGCAGCCCCAGAAAGCAGCAGGAGGGCAGGCAGUGAUGGCUCAGCCGCUCCACGUGCAACAGUUUUUGAAGGUGAAACAAGCUCAGCACCACCAGGCAGCCCAGCAGAAGAUCAUCCAGCCCCAGGUGGCCCAAGGACAGGCAGGUGUUCAACAGAAGGUCACCGUUCAGACCCAGCAGCCAGCAUCUCAGCAGCAGAAAGUCUAUGCCACCCAGCCGGCCAUCAAAGCCCAAUUCCUACCAACGCCGAUUUCUCAGCCCCAGAAGACAGGUGGGGCACAACAGGUCCAGACCCAAAUACAGGUGGCCAAAAUCCCACAGGUCGUCUCCCAACAAGCAGCGGUGGCUAAUAUCCAGCAGGUGGUUUCGGUUUCCCAACAGGUUCAAGCUCAACCCCAAACAGUCACCUUGUCCCAGACCACAGCGGGACAACACCAAGUCCAGGUCAUCCCAGCCACCACUGCCACGGCUCAGGUCGUCCCCCAGAAACUGAUCCAACAGCAAGUGGUAACCACCGCCUCCCCCCAGAUCCAAGCUUCGGUCGUGCCAAACCCUGCCCAGGCGCCUGCCCCACCCGACGGGCAGAGUCAGCAAACGAAAGUGCAGAUGAGAGCACCCGUCCGGUUAAAGGCUCCGAACAAACCCAGUUGAGCCCUCCCAACUUUUCGUGGCAGCAAGCCAGGGAGAGAGAGAGAGAGAGAGAGAGCUUCUCUAGGUGGUCUCCCGUCUGACAAGAUUGGAGGUUUGGCUUCUCUCCUGCAAAACUUCUUACUCGUCUGCGCCAGAAAGGGCCGUUUCCCCUGCUCUCCUCCAGACUUCUCUGCUUCCCGGAGAGAUCCGUGGCUUUCGAAGCCGACCCCAAGGAAACGCCGUUCUCGCGAACUCUGCCGUUAGCCCAACCGCUCAUCGAUGCUCACUGCCCUUUCGGUGGAAACCCCGCAAAGUUGCUUCUCCAGUGUCGUGGGUAGCAACGCCGGUCGUUAUGGUCCUCCCCUGUGAGAAGGGGGAAAUCUUUUUAGAACUUUGUGGGGUACAAAGCUGGACACUAUCCGGGCCUCGCAUGUCCAAGUGGGAGGUGGGGGUGGGGGGGAGGACAGAAAGUUUUGUCCAAAGCAAGAGGUCUCCAACCUUGGCAACUUGGAAGCCUGUCGGACUUCAACU